ACUAACUAACUUCAAUAAAUUAUUAACAAUUUGUUUUUUGAGCAACUAUUCACCUUCUCUCAGGUGAAAGGCAGUACAAGGCAAAUUUCUACUUUGUACUGAUCCUCUAUUCCGUAGAGGAGCAAAGUUUGACUUAUCUUCUGGUUUUAGCUUUCCAUGGGAUUAUAGAAGGAUCCCACAGAAGCAGAAAUACCUAUGAAGACUACCUUUGGGUUCAACAUUUGGUGUUGAUACCCUCUUAAGUGAAGUCCUCCAGCUAACAAGAUAAUCUAGCAAAGUAUCCUAAAACACUGAGGAUUUCCUGUUUGAAGGGCUCAAGGACUGUAACAGAAAAUGAUUCUACUGAAUAAUUCCCAGAAGCUGCUGACCCUCUACAAAUCCUUGGCCAGAAAUAUCCCUGAGUCCCUGAAGGUGAAGGGCAGCGGGGAGGUGUACGGCUCUGUGUAUUACAUCAAUCACGGAAACCCCUUCAACAUGGAGGUGCUGGUGGACUCCUGGCCUGAGUACCAGACGGUUAUCGUCCGGCCCCAGAAACAGGAGAUGACCGACGACAUGGAUCUUUACAGAAACGUGUAUCGUAUAUUCACCAAAGUUCCUCAAAAAGUACCAGACGUCCUGGAAAAUCAUGAAGUCAUAAACUGGGGACAGAUAUUUCGAAUCCAAGGUUGUCAAGAAAGUCUGGGUGAGGGGAUAAGAGCAGUUGCAUUUUCAAAGUCAGUGAGGGUGAAGUACUUGAAGGCAAUCCUCUAUAUAACCGACGAUAUCCUGAAGCUCAAAGUCUGUAAUAAGAGCAAGGCUGGAAGCUCCUGCAAGGCAGGCCCCCGAGAGGAUGAACAUGAGAGCGGUGAUCCCAAUUUUAAGUUUUCCCGACUGGACGUCUCUCAUGCGGGGCUGGUAAAUGCCAGCUGGAGGCCAGGUCGGAAUGAGAGGAGCCUGCGAUACAUCCAGGAAUGCCUACAGAAGCUGCCAGCGUACUGUCUGCUGGGCCCAGACGGGGUCCCCGUCUCCUGGGUGGGCUUGGAGUCCUCUUGUGAGGCAGGAAUGGCCUACACUGUAGAAAGAUAUCAAAGCACAGGCAAAGUGACACAACUGAUACGGUCUUACAUGAAGUAUCUGCGUCAGAAGACUAUUCCAUUUUAUGCCACUGUACUGGAAGAGAAUGAAAAAGCCCACAGAUCUCUGAUGCACCAUGAUUUCUUUGCAGCUGCAUGUGGGUGGCAUCAGUGGAUCUGCUACCCACCAGAAAUUAGCUCCCUUUGUUUAAACAAUGAAGCUGUUUAGCCAUCUCAGGCAAGCCUCUCUUAAUAUUGAAGCAGAAGUCACAAAGUAGCUUUGCCCACUCACCAGUGUGUAGUGGGUGUUUAUGGUGGGCCAGAAACACAGAGAAGUUAAAAGAUAACAGCCACACUCUUCAGGAGCUUAUAGUCUUACAGGGCAGAAAGCAGGGGAGAGUAUAGUCUUCCAACAUAUGUAAGUGUUGGAAAGAACAGGUCACCAGUAAAUAUGUAACUAGAGAAAGCCUGGGCAGUUCUUACCUCUGGGAAUAAGAAUUCUUUUUUUCUUUUUCUUUUUUUUUUUUUUGAGACAGAAUCUCACUUUGU